GAUGGACCUCAAAUGUGGAAAAAACAUGUUUCUUUUUUUUGUAAUAAGUUAAUUUUAGCGUGAUUCUUCACACAAACAACUGCAUUUUUAACCUUGUGAAGAACACUAUUUUCUCAUUAAUUAAAAAAAAGCAACUUUACUGAAAGAAACCGAGCAUUAAGACAUUAUUUCUUUCUAAAAAAAAGAAGAAGCAUCAUGUCGAAAAGUGAAGGUUUUCCUGUGGAUAUUAAAACAACAGCUCCAGAAGUAGAAGUGGGACUAAAAGAAGAUAUUUCUCCGUGUGUUUUCGGACAGAACAAAGCCUCCUCCUCCAGGGAUUUGACCCAGGAGGAGCCGGACACACUGAGCCGAGAAAAGCCUCUGGUGUCCGACUUCAAACUCAUGAAGCUGGAGAAAGAAGCUCAGAAAAACUGGGACUUGUUUUACAAAAGAAACACCACCAACUUCUUCAAGGACAGACACUGGACCACCAGAGAGUUUGAAGAGCUCAACGCAUGCAGAGAGUUUGAGUCCCAGAGGCUGGUGCUGCUGGAGGCCGGCUGCGGGGUGGGAAACUGCGUCUUCCCUCUGCUGGAGGAGGACCUGAACAUCUUCGUUUACGCCUGCGACUUCUCCCCACGAGCUGUAGAGUUUGUGAAACUGAACGCUCUGUACUGUCCUGAGCGCUGCCAUGCCUUCCAGUGCGACCUAACCAAAGACGAUCUGAGGGGAAAUGUCCCUGAAGGCAGCGUGGACGUCGUCACGCUCAUCUUCGUCCUGUCAGCCGUCCAUCCCGACAAGAUGAAGCUGGCUCUACAGAACAUCAGCAGGGUGCUGAAGCCCGGAGGCAUGGUGCUGUUCAGAGACUACGGACUGAACGACCACGCCAUGCUGAGGUUUAAAGCCGGCAGCAAGCUGGGGGAGAACUUCUACGUCAGGCAAGAUGGAACCAGAUCAUACUUCUUCUCUAAAGAGUUCCUGUCUGAGCUGUUUGCGGACGCCGGCCUCCAGUCCGUUUCUAACGACUACGUCCUGAGAGAGACCGUCAACAAGAAGGAGGGGCUGUGUGUCCCCAGAGUGUUCCUGCAGAGCAAAUUCACCAAGCCCGGCCAAUCACAGAGCUAGCUCCUGACGCCACCCGGCCAAUCACACAGCUCCUGACGCCAACCGGGCCAAUCACAGAGCUCCUGACGCAACCCGGGCCAAUCACCGAGCUCCUGAUGCAACCCCGGCCAAUCACAGAGCUCCUGAUGCAACCUGGGCCAAUCAUAGAGCUCCUGACGCCACCUGGCCAAUCACAUAACUCCUGAUGCAGACCGGCCAAUCACAGAGCUCCUGAUGCCACCCUGCCUGUGUGUGUCACCUCAGAAAUACGACUGAAAUGUCUCGAUGACAUUUAAUGGCGAAAAACAGUUUUAUCCCCGCUGGAUUUGGCUGGUUUGUGGUCGACAUGCUGCUGAUUUUGAGUCCUUCAGAUCAUGAGGGAGAUGCAUGAGGUUAAAGAAAGUUAAUAAUGCCUUCUUCUGUUAAUCUACCUCUGUCUUUUGGUCCUUUGCCAAAAGAUGAAGCGUCUUACAAGUGGAACUAGAGGGCAGAAAGGAGCAUGGAUGUUCAGCAAAGCCGUCAGCUGGAGGAAAAGUGAAACUCUGGGGACGAUAUUUAGGAUUCAGAUGACUUUCAAAUCCAUUUCAAAGCCUUUUGUCCAACUUGGAUUAGCCUCGAGCGUCAGCAGGAGAACUUCCUCCUUCUAACCUGUGUCUCCUGGCCAAAAGCACGUGUUUUGAGUGCUUUAUUCCCCAUUAUAUAAAGUAAUGGGAUCAUUGUGUAUGAGGUGAGUGCUUUUCAUUUUGUGUGAAUUAUUUGAAAUGUUCUCAUGCCUUUUUUUUUUUAAAUAGCUGUUCUCCUCCAUUUUGUUAGUUCACACAUGGUCUUAAAUAUGCCCGCAGUGUCACAUCCUGUUUAUGGACCUGUUUUAACACGGUUUGCUCUAAACCACUGAGACAGAUCGUCAUCCUUCACACAUCAACAUCAUGACUGUUUCAUAAUAAAGUUCUUUACAUCUUA